AUGUUGGGGGCAGGAUUGGAGUUUAGGAGUAUGAGCGGCGGGGAUAGGUUUUACAGCGUGGCCAGGGCUCGCCUGAGCCAAGAGCAGUUGCGGAGGGCUCAGAGAGACGACGUCUCGAACCGUUCACGGAGCGCGUCCGAUGAGAUGGCGCCGGAAAAGUUGAAAUCAGAAAUUCCGGCAUCACCGCCGGUGUCGGAAUCCUCGCCGCUGUGUAAUUUGGAGAGGUUCUUGGAGUCUGUGACGCCUUCGGUGCAAGCGCAGUAUUUAUCUAAGAUGAAAGCGAGGAGUUGGAGAACUUGUGAUUCGGAGUUUCAACCCUUCUUUGUGCUAAGUGAUUUGUGGGAGUCUUUUAAGGAAUGGAGUGCAUAUGGAGUUGGAGUGCCUUUGAUAUUGAACGGCCUUGAUGGCGUGGUUCAGUAUUAUGUUCCUUAUUUAUCAGGGAUUCAAUUGUAUGCUGACAGAUCAAAAAGUACAGCCAAAUUGAGGCGAUUAGGUGAAGAAAGUGAUGGUGAGUAUUUUAGGGAUUCCAGCAGUGAAGGGAGUAGUGAUAGUGAUCAAGAAAAAGUCGGCUUGAAUUACACCAGAGAGCAGCUUAUGUCACUUCAAGAAGGCUUUUCCAGUGACGAAGGUGAAUAUGGAAGUUCGCACGGUACCCUGUUGUUCGAGUAUCUCGAGCGGGACCCACCCUACUGUAGAGAACCUUUGGCAAACAAGAUAUUGGAUUUAGCCGUCAAUUUUCCGGAACUAAAAACGCUUAAGAGUUGUGAUUUGCUUCCUUCCAGUUGGAUUUCUGUGGCCUGGUACCCCAUUUACAGAAUACCAACCGGUCCUACUCUUAGAGAUCUCGAUGCUUGCUUUUUAACCUUUCAUUCUCUUCAUACACCCAUGACUGGAAGCGAAACUAUGCAUCCUCCAAUUGUGAAAUACCCGAACGUGAGCGAUGGAGUUCCGCACAUUUCACUCCCGGUUUUUGGCCUUGCUUCGUACAAGUACAAAGUUUCGAUAUGGACUCCUAAUACGGGUUACGAGCGCCAGCUGGCAAACACUCUCUCGCAAGCGGCUAGUAACUGGCUGAGUUUGCUCCAGGUCAAUCACCCCGAUUUCUCUUUCUUCCACCGUAGGUAA